GGCUUCAGUGGCCGUCAGCUCAAGCCCCAGUUUCCCCAAAGACAGGAUUUGCUCCCGGUAGGAAACUUCCCACCCUUCGUUGGCUGCACAUGACCAGGAGUGGCGCUCUGGGAUGUGCACGCAGUGAUGGACAGCAAGGACUUAGAAGCCGAAAUCCACCCCUUGAAGAGUGAAGACAAGAAGUUGCAGGAGAAUCUGGGAAACCAAGCAAAAAAGGAUAACUUGAAAGGCUCGCCUCGGCACCCCCGCCUCUCCCGCUGCCGGACUGUGGCAUUUUUUCUUUCACUGUUUGUCUGCCUUUUUGUGGUGUUCGUGGUUUCGUUCAUCAUCCCCUGUCCGGACCGGCCCGCGUCUCAGGGGGCCUGGAGGAUCCACUACAACGCAGCAGUCACCUAUGACUUCCUGGCUACAGAAGACAUAAACAGGGACAGGAUCCAAGAUGUUCUCUUUCUUUAUAAAAACACCAACAGCAGCAACAACUUCAGCCUGCCCUGCACUGACGAAGGCUUUUCUUCCCCCUGCACCUUUGUGGUCGCAGUGUCGGGGGCCAAUGGCAGCGUGCUCUGGGAGAGGCCCGCAGCCCAGGACGGGGCCCUGGUGCAGUGUGCUGUCCCGCAGCCUCAGGGCAGCAGGACGUCGUCUGCCUGCGUCCUUGCGGGCAGACCCGGUUCCUUCGUCGCUGUGGACUCGUUCACAGGGGAGACCCUGUGGAGCCACCCCAGUAGCUUUGGAAGGAACGCCUCUGUCCUGAGCUCUUUGCUCCGGCUGCCUGAUGUUGAUGCUGACGGGGCCCCAGACUUGCUGGUUCUCACCCAGGAGGAGAAGGAGGUUAGCGGCUACAUCUAUUCAGGCAGCACCGGGCACCAGAUCGGCCACCGAGGCAGCCUCGGUGUGGGUGGGACCAGUGGCUCCCUCCUCCACGUCACCAGGACGGGUGCUCACUACAUCCUUUUCCCCUGCGCAAGCGACCUGUGUGGGCACUCUGUGAAGGGUCUGCAUGAGAAGGUGACCGGGACCGGGAGCCCGCUGAAGAGAGACCCGCUCUGGGAGGGCACGCUCAACGCCACCGCCCACGGGCUGCUCUGGCGCAGCCCCGGAGCCAUCCGCUACCUGAUGGCCGUUCCAGGGAAGGCGGGUGAGGACCUCCUCCUCGUGAGCUCAGAGGCCUGUGUGCUGCUGGAUGGGCAGGACCUGGUGCCCAGGUGGACCCUCAGCGCGGCCCAGGUCCUGAGAAGACCCGUCCUUGGCUACUACAAACCUGACACCUUGGCUGUGGUUAUUGAAAACAGCACCGGCAUUGACAGACAGAUCCUGCUCCUGGACCUCAGCACAGGGGCUGUCCUGUGGAGGCAGGCCCUCCCGGGUGUCCCCGGGGACCCGCAGUCCGCCAGCCUGCCAACCGCAGACCACCGUUCCGCCUUCUUUUUCUGGGGCCUCCAUGAGCUGAUGGGCACCAACCAGACGGAGCCGGGAGACACCCAGCACAGCCUGUACAUGUUCCACCCCACCACGCCUGGCGUCCUGCUGGAGCUGGCCAGUGUCUCGGCCAACAUCGUCGCAUUCCGAGCCGUCCUGUUUGAGCCCAGCCGCCACGCCGCCUACGUCCUCCUGACGGGCCCUGCUCACCCGGAUGGGCCUGGCGUGGUCUCCGUGGCCAAGCACAAGGUGCGCGACCUCGUCCCGGGCAGCAGGGUGGUUCGCCUGGCUGAGGGCGGGCCCGACAGCGACGAGGCUGUCCGGGACCGCUUCUCCCGCCUGCGCUACCGCAGCGGGGCCUAGACGCCUGGCGGCCAGCACGUGCGCAGGAGGCUCCGGCUGCCGAGAUUAAACACCACGGGAAGUCGGUCUUUCGCUCGGUUUGCACACUGACCUGUCUCCUCCCCGUGUGCCCGGGGUUGUGCGUGGAUGAGGGGACCGCCGGGCCUCCCCCUUUCCUGUGCCGUAGGCCCUUGCUCUGCCCCACUGGGGCCGUGCUCAGGGCCAGCUGCCUUCACCGGCGUCUCCCCGGGCUGCCUUGGGCAGAGCCGGGCCCUACGGCACCAGCCUCCCUCGUCCACAUCUGGCUGGAGAGGCCAGGCCUCUGGGAGGAGCUCCGUCCUGAGCAGGCCUCUCCCUCUCCCAUCUGCACCCACCCUGGGGCCUGCAGUGGCCUCGGGGCAACAACUGGGCGCUGAGGCGGUUCCAGCUCCUGGCCUCUCCCAGAGCAAGGGGGGGCUAGACUCCGCUGUGGUUCCCGGACACUGGUCCUGGGGUCCCCUGUGACGGGCCCAUGAGGAAGGGGCUGCCUUGGGGCUGCUCCAUGAGGCUGGCCUGCUGCUCGCGGAGGUGCCGAGGGGCAUCUUUAUCCCUGUGCUGCCUGUGCUGUGAAUGUUCUGAGGAACCGGCCGGAAGGCCCACGUUGGGGUCAGUUUUUGUGCCCCUCAGUACACACUGGAGCUGCCUGUCCCUCAGGGGUCCCCACACCCCGGCUGGUGCCUGGCGGCCUCCUGGUGCUCAGCCGUCCCUGGCCAUCAGCAUCACCUGAUGCGGGACUCACCUCUGUGCCUUGCUGUGCCCCAGACCCGUUGCGGUGCCGUGUGGGGCUCGCUGUUCCCCGAUGACCCCGAGUACCACCAGAAGAAGCCAGAAUAAAUGGUUUGCACUGUC